AUGUCCCUUUUGGUAUCAUACAGAAACACACUAGCACGCGGUCUGCUGCAGAAGCCUUUGACAGCUGCUGUUGCUGGCUUGAGUGCCACACGCUACUACAGCAAUGGCGAAAAAACACUAAAGGAGCGUUUCGCAGAGCUUUUCCCCGCUAAAGCUGAAGAAAUCAAACAACUCCGCAAAGAACACGGAAAAACAGUGAUCGGAGAAGUGCUGCUGGAACAAGCGUACGGUGGUAUGCGUGGUAUUAAGGGUCUGGUGUGGGAAGGUUCCGUAUUGGACCCAGAAGAGGGUAUUCGUUUCAGAAAUCGCACCAUUCCAGAUAUCCAAAAAGAGCUUCCAAAGGGUGCUGGUGGCUCUGAGCCGCUUCCAGAAGCUCUUUUCUGGCUGCUGCUGACGGGUGAGGCCCCAACUGAAUCCCAGGUUAAGGCUCUUUCCGCAGAUUUGGCCUCGAGAUCCGAACUUCCAGAGCACGUUUCCCAGCUUCUGGACUCGUUGCCUAAGGACUUGCACCCAAUGGCUCAAUUUUCGAUCGCAGUGACUGCUUUAGAGAGCGAAUCCAAGUUUGCCAAAGCCUACGCCCAAGGUGUCUCCAAGAAGGAUUACUGGAACUACACAUUCGAGGACUCUUUGGACUUAAUCGGUAAACUGCCAGUGAUUGCAUCAAAGAUUUACCGCAACGUUUUCAAGGAUGGCAAGCUACCAAGUGUCGACCCUAACGCCGAUUUCGGUAAGAACUUGGCUCAGCUUCUUGGUUUCCAGAACGAAGAAUUUGUUGAGCUCAUGAGAUUGUACCUAACUAUCCACGCCGACCACGAAGGUGGUAACGUCUCCGCUCACACCACCCAUUUGGUUGGUUCGGCUCUAUCGUCUCCAUACUUAUCCUUUUCUGCUGGUUUGGGCGGCCUUGCUGGCCCAUUGCACGGGCGUGCCAACCAAGAAGUUUUGGAAUGGUUGUUCAAGCUCAGAGAGGAAGUCAAGGGUGACUACUCCAAGAGCACUAUCGAGAACUACCUAUGGGAAACGUUGAACGCUGGUAGAGUUGUUCCAGGCUAUGGUCACGCCGUUUUGCGUAAGACGGAUCCUCGCUACACCGCUCAACGUGAAUUCGCCCUAAGACAUUUCCCAGACUACGACCUAUUCAAACUUGUCUCUACCAUUUACGAGGUCGCUCCUGAGGUGUUGAGUAAGCAUGGUAAAACCAAGAACCCAUGGCCAAAUGUGGACUCACACUCCGGUAUUCUGUUGCAGUACUACGGCUUAACUGAGGCUUCUUUCUACACUGUAUUGUUUGGUGUAUCUAGAGCUUUGGGUGUUCUUGCCCAACUGAUCAUCGACAGAGCCGUUGGCCAACCUAUCGAGAGGCCAAAGUCAUUCUCUACUGAGAAAUACAUCCAACUCGUCAACGCGAUCAACGCCAAGAAGUGA